CAAAAGUAAUCUCACCUCAUCACCAUCUCAGUUCUCAAACUCUCCUUUGAGUCUCUCUCACAUAAAGAGAUCCCCAUCUCCUCUCUCUCUCUCUCUCUCUCUCUCUCUCUCUCUCAUACAUGCAAAUAUAUAUGCAUAGAUACAUGUAACAUUUUUUCUGAAAUUUACGAGUGGGAAAAUGGGUACUGGAGAAAUGUGGGUCCCCGUAUCGAAACCCAUGGGAUACAUUAUGAGGGAGCAACGACUCGUCUUCGUUCUGGUCGGAAUCUCCAUCGCCACCGCCUUCUUCAGCGCCAGACCUUGGUGGUCUCCGUCGCCAAAUCAUCAUGUGCAGGAGGUCGCUGCUGACUCGUUCCCGACCCAGUCGGCUCACCGGGUCGCGUACCAAGUCCAUAGCGGGUUGAUGGGGCAUGUCAGUGCAGGUGGGAGGAUACCACUAGGGCUAAAGAAGAAAGGUCUGAGGGUAGUGGUGACGGGCGGCGCCGGGUUCGUGGGUAGCCACCUCGUGGACCGUCUGAUCCAGCGAGGGGACAGUGUGAUAGUGAUAGACAAUUUUUUUACGGGUCGGAAAGAGAACUUGAUCCAUCACUAUGGGAACCCGAGGUUCGAGCUGAUACGGCACGACGUGGUUGAGCCGAUUUUGUUGGAGGUGGACCAGAUCUACCACCUGGCUUGCCCUGCUUCCCCUGUUCACUACAAGUUCAAUCCAGUCAAGACCAUGAAGACAAGUGUGCUGGGGACAAUGAACAUGCUCGGGCUGGCAAAGAGGGUUGGCGCGCGGUUCUUGCUAACCAGCACCAGCGAGGUGUACGGCGAUCCUCUCCAACAUCCACAAGUCGAGACCUACUGGGGCAACGUCAACCCCAUCGGCGUUCGAAGCUGUUACGAUGAGGGAAAGCGGACUGCUGAGACCUUGACAAUGGACUACCAUAGAGGACUUGGCGUUGAGGUGAGGAUUGCAAGGAUUUUCAACACGUACGGACCACGUAUGUGCAUCGACGAUGGCCGCGUCGUUAGCAAUUUCGUUGCUCAGGCAUUGAGGAAGGAGCCAUUGACUGUUUAUGGGGAUGGGUUGCAGACUAGGAGUUUCCAAUACGUCUCUGACUUGGUGGAGGGGUUGAUGCGAUUGAUGGACGGGGAACAUAUAGGCCCUUUCAAUCUUGGCAACCCUGGUGAAUUCACCAUGCUUGAACUUGCUCAGGUGGUGCAAGAGACAAUCGACCCAAAUGCAAGAAUAGAAUACAGGCCAAACACAGAGGAUGAUCCCCACAAGAGAAAACCAGACAUUUCAAAAGCUAAAGAACUUCUUGGUUGGGAGCCUACCGUUUCCCUCCGAGAAGGCCUCCCUCUCAUGGUUUCCAAUUUCCGGCAACGCUUAUUCGGCGACGACCCAACACACAAGAAACUGACGAGAAAACAGAUCUAUACAUGAUUAUAAACAGUCUCAUCGUAUCAUAUUGUCUGUUUGUCAUUUUGUAUUUGACGAAAAUAAUGUCCCAAAAACGAUAACAAAACAACACGAACUAGGAGAGAAAGAGAUAUUUCUGCAGAUUUGUAGCCGUUCAAUAUUUCUUUACAUUUGUAUAAUAAAUGUGUUCUUCUUUUUUUUAUUUUUUUUUAUUUUUUUUUCCAUUUCGAAAAUGUAAGGAAUGAAUAAUUCCAACUAAUUUUAUGUGCUUCAUUUCAUUACAUGAAAGAUGCGAAAGUGGCCUUCCG